ACCUCCGGUCACGAGCGUUCAAAUAUCGUUCGCCUCUCUCUCUCCAGAUCUCCUCCCGUUUCUCGAACCUUCCCAUCCACACCGCGAAGCUCGAUCUAGCCCGCGCGCCGCCGCCGCCGCCGCCGCCAUGGCCGAGGAUUUCGAGUUCGCCGAUCAGGUCCCUCCGUCGUUCGAUGGAAAGGCUGCAGAUGCUGGAGGGUUCAAUCCGGGAUUGAUUGUGCUGCUGCUGGUAGCCGGGCUUCUUUUGAUAUUUCUUGUGGGGAACUAUGUACUUUACGUGUACGCGCAAAAGACCCUUCCUCCUAAGAAAAAGAAGCCAGUCUCUAAAAAGAAGAUGAAGAGGGAAAAACUGAAGCAAGGGGUUUCUGCACCAGGAGAGUAGAGCUUAUGCUUCCUAUUUAACGGCUCAAUGUCCUUAGACUCCAGAAUUUUUCCUUUAUCUGGCAUUUAAGACACUAUUGGAUUGUCUUAAAGAUUGCUUUACCGAGUUCGUGUUGGAUGCAGCUGGUAAAAUAAGUUGCUGAAAUGUUGUUUAGAAUUAAUUAAGGAAUGUUACUUAGAUAUCAUAUACGUCUUUACAGCAGCUAUAGACACAGCCACUAAAAUCACCAGUUUUGGCGGUUC